UCUAUGACAUAGGAAACGUCAACUAAAUGUCAUAAAAUCUGAUAACUUUGUGUUGGUUUUAUUUUCAGAGAUUGAGUUAACUGGACUGUUAUGGAGUUUUAUAAUAAUAAGCAAACAAUAUUCCAGUAACUUUCGUAGUGAAGAAGUCAAAAUAAUGGUAUUACCUGGAUAACACUGUGAGAUUUUUUCCUUGAAAAAAAAUAAAAAUCCAAAAUGAGGGAAGAAGAACUGACCUACAUAUUGAAACUCCUUGAUCAACUCACAGGAGAAAUAUAUGAUGAAAUCAUACAGCUUUACUAUGAUAUAGAAGAAUCAAAACCAUGCAAACAGUUUAGUAAUGACGUAAUAGAAUUUUUGAAAGUUAAUUUAAAGAAUAACCCUGUUACUACCACAGCCAUUUUGUCCUACAUACAACAGAAUGCGCUGACAGACGAUGCAAACUUGAACAAAAUACAAGCACUGUAUUUAGAUAUCUUGAAAUAUGAGCUGACUGAGACCAACUCCAUAGACAGACUCAUCUCCUUAAUCUCUCUAGUAAGAUGGAAUGAAGGUUACAUGCCUCAGUUUGUGAACCACAUACUACAGCCUAUAUCUGAAGAACAUUUCAGACAGUUCAGAAAGCAAAUCCUACUGAGUCUCAUACCACAUGAGAAACCAGAACUUUUGUCUGUAACCUCAGACCUUAUGCAAAGAAACGAGCCUCAGAAGGAAUUCAAACUGACACCAGAGUACAUGCUGGAGCUUUGCUACCAGGACAGAACACAUUGGUUGCUGAAGGCUGCCCAGGUGUACAAACAACAGGUGCAUGACAUGAAGAAUGUGACUUUCAAAAUCAAUAACUUUACUAAGCAGAUUUUAAUAAUGGUGCUCAUUGAUCUCACUAACAGUGCCGAAACUUUCGACCUCACCUCCUUAGUACAUCAACUGACCAACAUUUUCUCUAUCCUAGACACUUACACAACUUGUGACGAUCAUCUACAAUUCUACAUUACCGAAGUAAAGAGAGAACUGACAAUCAUAAAGUUUUGUUUAGAGAACAAUUGUAAAAUAAUGACCACUUCUAUAUUUAGUCAAGUGUUGGCACAGAGUGCUCUCGCCGUCAUAUCUCAAGUAUGUAGGCUUUCUAAAGUAGAUAGGUAUAAAGUUUCGAGACUUUUAAAUACAAACAAUGAUUUUAUAGCAGAGUUGAAAACUUUGAAAAAUAAGACAAGUAACAAGAGCCAAGUGAAAUCUAGUUCUAAUUGGGAUGUAAUGACGUAUAACAGUUAUUGCGCUAUUACGAAAAUAAUUGACACAAUAGUCAAUUCUUCUGAAGGAAUAGAGGACUCUCAAAAUACUGUGUCUUCUUUGGAUGAACUCAAACGGCUAGUGCUAUCUAUCCAGCCUCUACAGAGCUGUAUAGAAGUGAUAGAAAACAUUUUCUCCUGUCUCUUCUUGAGGUAUGAAUAUUUUUCUUGUCAUGAGCAUACUCAGGACUACCCUUGCGGUGCUCACUCGGAUUGUUCGUACUUUUACGCAAAGAAACAGACAUCGACCUCGAAGAACAUAAACAGUAGUAAUGCAGGGUUUAUGUGCAACUCGUACACUACUCAGCUAGUGCUGAAUACAUUGAAAUUAUGUUUGGAAACGUUAGAAGAGAAGUUUGAAGUGGAUAACGAGCAGGAGGUGUUUUCGAGGCUGAAAAAGUUGGUAAAGGUGGUGAACCAUUCUAUUUGGAAGCUGCAAUUAGUGUCGACGUUGUCCCCGGACACGAGUCCCUUGCCUUUGAAGCUGUGUUUAGAUUACGUGGAAGUUGACGAGAGCAGCGAGGACGAAGCUCGAGAGAUGGACCUCAAAGUGUUCAGGAAGAAACCAAAGACGAGACGGAAGAAUACUUCAAGCUCCAAACAAGAUGUGGAACAAGUUAUGUUUGCUUCUACUGUUUCGGAUGAAACUUAUCCAUCUAAAAAAGGGAAUGGCAUCGACUUCAUAUCGAUAAUGCUGGCCAAACCGACCAGCCUUGUGGCGCUCGCUCUCUACCAUAACGACUUCUCGAAAGCUAAUCAAAUAUUGGAAAUGUUCGACUUAGCUGACUCCGAAAUAGCUACAGAAGUAACAUUUACGGAGCAACUACGGAACUUAAUAGCAAAGAUUAAAAACAUAAUUUACUAUAGAGAUGACACUCGUUACGCUACCAAAGAACUAUCGGCUUUAUCUGUUGUUUCCACUGAAGUUAUGGGACUCGUGGAAGGUUUCUUGGCGUCGAACAGAGCCCCGAAUUCCUUUGACAUUAUAGAACUAGGUGCAAGACACCCACACUUACAAUUAUACAACCACCAAAAUGCUCCUUUCAUAAAUGCUGUAGAUAUUCUACUGAGUAGCGGACUCAAUAGAGAGAUCACAUACGGACUAAUAAACGUUGUAGAAAGAAAAUUAGCUGAAGUAAGGAACAGCACGGAUAUAGCGGCCGUCAAAAAAACAAAUUACAUACGUUUCGUAGAAGACAUUGCUAGCGUCACCUUUGAGAUUUUUGGGAAUACAGAAAAAUCUUUUAACUUUGUCGACAAUAUCUGUGAGUUGAUAACUGAUUGUAGAAUACCUAUCAAACAUAAAGACUUCUGUAAAUUAAAUCAACUGGCCAAAGAGCUCCGACAGUCCUGUGAGGAUUUAAUUGAUGUAGUCACCCCGAAUGAGACCGUGGAGAUUGACCCGAACUUAUUGCAGAAAUAUCAUCAGAUCUAUAUGAAUGUGGUGGCAGCAUCGGACAAGGAUUUGUGCAAUAUUAGCGAGGUGUCUCGACAAGGAAGCAAGAAGACGCGCAUCCCGUACCUACGGAUGUGUUACAUGUAUUGUAAAACUGUGUCUCAAUUAGAACAGGAAGACAAUCGUUCUGUAGACAGCGGUUCCGAAGUGCCAUACUUCGCUGUCCUCGAACGGCAACUCCAUGACAUUUUCGGUCACAUGAUCAACAACAAAGAAAUCCCAGUCACAAAUCUAGAGCCCAUCUGCAAGAAACUAAAUGUAAAUCUGAUACCGAAACUCAUAUUGAACUUUUGUCCCUCAAUUACGUUGGCUGGACCGCCAAAGGAAGCAUGUGAGGCCAACUUCAACAAUCUACUCCAUGUUGUGUACGAUUUCAAGAAUCCUGAAGAGAACUUGUUCUUGGAUCCUGUUACAAACUUCGCUCCUUUGCCACGUGCUCCAGAUCCACAAUGCCUUACUUACGUAGUGCUACAUAAUUGGGUCCUAGCGCACAUUAUCAAGAAGAUCCAUACAUCCCCAAACGAGAACAGCUUGCAACAAAGUAUGGACGCUCGAACGAAAUGCUUGAACAAUUAUAUGGAGCUGGAGAGAUUCAAUUGCACGAAAGAUUUGUAUGGUAAAAACAAAUACUUGGCGUCCCUCCACACUACCGUUGACUUAGACAAGCUGUUCUUGUUCAUGCCACAAUUAAUUGAAGCCGGAAAGAUUCUAAAAUGUCUGAACUUAAUAGAUUCGCUGGCAGAGCGCCAAUUAAUGUGUAGUGCUAAUUUAUCAAAUUUGAGGGACUUGAUUCUGUUCAAACUGGCUACAAAUCCGAAAAUUCCGAAUAACUGGAAGUAUUGCCAGUAUCUAAAAUGUCCUGAAUUGAAAGUCAACCUUAUUUUGAACAACUUAAGCGUAUGGCCCGCGGAUGGGGCUCUAGAAGUAUUGGACUAUCUGCGGUUCCUUCUUAACCAAGACCUUCUAGAUGAUGGGUUACAUGAGCGAUGUUCUGACUGGAUUAUCAAAAUACCUUUGUAUGAUCAGAUAGCUGCCAUAAUGGGAACAAGUCACUGGUAUUCUAUUUACGAGAAAUCAAUAGAAAACCCGGAGAGCGUUAUCGAAGUUCUCAUGGAUAGUCAACAGUUCAAACUGUGCUUAGAAUGGGCAGAUGCUCACGAAGUGUCAGAGAACAUGAAGAACUUGAUCGUUAUGAAUCUCCUGCGACAAAUGUUCGAAUAUACGAACCAGGCGACGCCAGAGCUUGUUCACCAACUGCUUCUAAGGCUCCCAACAUCACAGGCUAUGGAUCUCAUUCAAGACGAAAUGUCCAAAGUCCGAAACGUAGAAAUACUCCAAGUUUGCGUAGACUUCAUAUCAGAAAACUCAUUCGAUUGGAAGUCUUUCGAAAACAUUAAAAUAGGUCUACAAAUCAUGCUUGAAAUCGAUCCGAAUUGGCGACAUCUGUUCUGGGAUCUAAUCGAGAGCCCUCUACUAAUGAUCGAGCAGUUCUUAAUGAAUGCUAAGUUAGAUGUGCUCGCCACCAUUAUAAACAAGAUCUCGCCGAGUCUGAAGAAGGAUCCGAGUGGCGACAAUCUGUACUACAACAUAAAAUCGAUCGAGAGUUUAGUUAUAUCGAAGAACGCUGUGGAUGCGUUGCUGAGGUUUUAUGCGGAAAAGGCCUUAGACAUGAAGAAUCCGAGGAACGUGUGUCCAGCGCCUCCUAAGCCAUCGGAUGACUCUUUGUUGCAGUCGAUAGAUUCUAUUAACAUUGAGGCUGCAAAUAUGCCGUUUACGAUGCCUGAGCAGGUGCCGAGCAAAGAGCAAUGGACCGAGGACUACGCGACGGAUCGAUGUAUGCUUUGCAGGACUUCGAUGUUUUCUAUGAUCAUUCGGAGACAUCAUUGUAGGCGAUGCGGGAGACUUGUGUGCCACGCUUGUUCUCGCCACAGAAUGCACGUACCAACGUACCCGAGCGGGGUCAAAUUCCGAGUUUGCGAUGACUGUUACACCCAAACGAUGCAUAGGAAGGCUAAUUCCGAACAUGAUAUGAUGUUAAGCAGUAAUUCUGACUCGGCGGGUAGUGGAGUAACGUGCAUGGAUUGGUGCUUGUCCACUAACGCUAACAGGAAUGAUGCCGUUAGGACGGAGUUCGGUUACGAGUUCACGCCUAACGUCACUUUAUGUUUGUCCAUCAUGAAGAUGCAUUCUAUCAAUUUGGAUUAUCCGAGGUUCCUCCUAGAUCGUAGCGAUGAAGUUGCGCGUGAGUUGUCUCGAGGCGGCGACGCUCGCCUACUGGUGCGCGCGCGACGAUCUCUAUUACUCGCCGCUGCAGAACUAUACUCAAGAACUCCACAAGAGUCUGUUGCUGGGGGCGGUAGGCUGGUUGUAGCUGAGACGGGCGCCCUGCACGCGGCGCGCUGCCUGGCGCAUGCGGACGCCAUGGCCACCCUCGUGACGCAUCAAGCUCAACAUCUAGUGCCUCACCAUGGAGCUCAUCCUAGUCAAAUAGUAAGAUCACUAUUAGAAGCAGAGAAAUGGGAGCUAGCAUUAGAAAUAGCAACAAAAUCAGGUUUACCAAGAAACAGCGUGCUCGCGGCGUGGGGCAAAGCGUGUCUCAAGGCAGGCUGCUUCAAGCAAGCCAGAGAGAAGUUUGCGCAUUGCUUCAAAAGUGCAUUGAACGUUUGCGCAGAAGUCACAGAAGAUUGUGAAAUUGGAAAAGAGGCUUCGGAAUCUCAGUUUAUUAAUAGGAGGUUGCAUAGUAUGAGGUACUCUGAGCGGACUAGUUCCAUGUCGAGCGUACAGUCGGACGGACGGCCCCGGGCCAACCCGCCGUUACUCAACGAAAUUAUAUGCAUGCUGGAAGAUAUGAACUAUCCCGUCAACCAACAAUUGCUGAACAAAGCUGAGACUAUUAAGUCAACCAAUGAAAAACUCACAACGAUGAACACAAACAAAAAGAAGAUUCAACUAAGCGAACCAGCUCUAAAUAUUAUGCACACACUGGCCAGUGUAAAGAAGAUCAAGCAAGGUGACUAUAGCGACUUCCAAACUGCGACCGUCCAGCCUAAAAAGAGCUUAGCUCAAGGUCUUCUACGAAGGAACAAUAACCACACUGAACCGAAAAUAGACCAUCAACAUAAAAGGUUGGAUCCAUUCUUUUAUAAGGAAUGCGUUUACUAUUUGACCAAUUAUGGUUCUCAUACUGCAAAUAUAGCUUUUUAUAUGAAACAUAGUAAUUUGAGUGAGGUCAUCAAGUACUGCUAUGACAAUCUGGUCGAUAAGGAAACUUUUACCGAAUCUGUCUACAUGGAUUGCUUGAAGAAAGACAAGGUCAAUGAUCUUUUAAAAGCUAUGUCGGAUAUUGAUAGUACGCUGGAUAUGUGGUCGGAGUACAUUAUGCACAUUUGUCGUACGCUGGAAAUGUCGAAGCGGUUGGAAGCUCUAUACGGCGUACAAUGCGGUAGUGGGCAACAUGCGCGUGCGGCGGCUACAUGCGCGCUACUAUACGCGCGGCCCGCGUCCUCCCCCGCGCGCCUGUACUCCGCCUUACAUGCCAGGCAGCAUCACCUCUCCGCAGCCCUUAGCCAUCUAUCCCACUGUGUUCCUGCACCCACCAAAACGAGCGACUCAAGAUCAUUUCACUUCAACUUGGACAAAGCAACGAUAGAUAAUUUAAUGACAACAAUAACACGGCAGAUGGAGCUAGCAAAAUAUUUGGCGUCGUGCGAAGCAAGCGGUAGACUCACUGAAAAAGUACUAAACGAAGCCAUACCUAUACAGAAUGCUAGAAAGGAGAAUGAGACUAGUGAUGUGCGACCUCUAACGCUUUUCGGCUCAACUACUGAUAAAAUAAGACUUGUAGCUGUUGUACUUGCUAGCGGACCCACUAUCGAAGUUGGCUUCGAGUUGGCUAUUAAGAUUAUAACAGAGCAUAAAUUGGACUCGAUGAACAUCUACAUCCACGUGGCGAAGUUCUUGGUGCAUUCUGACAGGUUUAUGGAAGUUAAGACGCUAGCUAAAUGUGUACGGGCGUCUAAAGAAACUGCAGCUAGUCUUAUGAGUGAUCAGGUUUUGGAGUCGGGUGUGGGUGCUGUGGUGACGCGUUGCGAGUCGCGGGGGCAGCUUUAUGAUGAACAGGCAGAGAUUCUCAUUGCAGACAUACACAGCGUUACUAUAAAGAUAUCCUGUUACUUGGUAUGUCGCAAUGUCAGUAGCGCUUACAUUCUCGCCGCACGCAACGAUCGCACGAACGAUCUACGCAGAGUGUUACAGGAAGCAGAGAGGCUUGGCAAUGACCAAGUCAGAAAUGCAUGUCUCAAAAGACUUACUUCUAAGAAUGUAGUAUGAAUUACACAUUUUCCUUGACCAUUGGUUAUGUCUUAAAUAUUUUGACGGCUCUGAAAAUAUUGAACAGAGCAAUUAGGCUUUUUGUUAACUUUUGAACUGUGUAUGACAAAAAAAGUUUGUAGCUUUUUUAGCGCUAUUGCAAAUGAUGUAUAGUGCAUGUGCUUUGGAACAAUCUGAUCCUCUUUUGACAAGAAAAUCGCUAAAAAACACAUUUCUAACACAAAAUGACGUAUUUCGAAAAUGACCUUUUUUUGACUAUGAACAUGAUUUAUUUUAACUAAGUUGUUUGGAAAUAGAAUUUCUAAAGUGUGUUUAAAAUAAAAUUGAUUACUAAAUUCUCAAUUUAAUGUGUAAAUUACUACAUAGUAGGGUAUAAAAUCAGGUGCUUAUAUAGGUAUUUAAAAAGGAGCCAUAUAAUGUAGCAUUUUAUGUAUGGGAAACAAGUUAUCACUAGGCUUUGGAUUAUAAUGGCUUUUUAUGUGAUACUGGUUGAUAAAACAUAUAAUAGAUUGUUAGCUUUUGACAGUGAUAAUAAUAAUUAAAAAAGGUUCAGUAAAAAAGAAAAUAUAUUUAUUGGUUUACUCAUAUAACUUAGUGCAAUACCUGUCCAAUCUGAUGUGUUCAAAUGUGAUACUGUUUUGACAAUGUAUGUAUAUUAAUUUCUAAAGUAAUCAAUUUCAUUAUAAAUAAUUUAUUUUUAUGGCAUCCAAUAAUUUCAAAACCAGUAUUAUUUCCUGAUGGUGUUCAUUAUAUUGCAUGGAUCAAUCGCAAAAAAAUAUAUAAUUUAUUUCUAUUUUAAUAAAUAAAGUGACAUGACUAUGAGUGAAUUGUCAUUAUGUUAAAAAUUCUAAUAUUUUUAUUGUAUUACCUAUAGAAUGUAUUGGUCUCAUAUUGUGAUAUCAUAGUAAUUUUUAACUCAUAAUCUUCAAAUCAUUUUAAUAAAGAUUUUUAUAAAUAUUGAUAGUGUUUUUUUUAUGAAUAAAAAUGAUAAGCAUCACUGAUAAAACUUUAUUGGGAGAAUGUAACAAAAAAUAUUGUUAUAAAAAUCAGGUGCAUUGGACAGAUGGUCAAUGACUUAACUGUGUCAGCAUCUCUAGCUAGAGCAGACAAGACUCCAACUCUUCAUAUCUCACAGAGAGAAGAGCACACUUCAAUGGACCUCGUCCUACAAGCUAGGACAUCACGGUGGUAUGUAAAAUUCACAUUUUGUUCAUAACACUACAUUGCGCACUUCAUUAUCAGUCUUGACACAUUGUCUUCACAUAGCAAGGUUACUGUGUAGCCAUUGCCUUUUUCUUGGGUUUUUUCAAACGUUUUAACCCAUUUACACUUGUCUUCAGUAAAUUGGAAUAUGCAGUACUGAAUGUCUCCACAUCACGUUGCUCCACAACUGUUGAGAUUUUUUUACUUUUUGACUGUGCUCGUACUAAACAUUUGUACUCUGGGUUAAUCACUACUGGCUUGCCAUCACGAGGCUCUGGUUUUGUACGACCGUCAUAUCGUUUCAUUGUCAUUGUAACUGAUCCCGCUGUACGCGCUUUUUGAAAUAAUUUUGUAAGCUCUGCUAAAAACUGCAACAUUACCCAAUAAAACCAUGUUUAUAGCUGUUAUAACGUAGAUGUAGUAAUUAUUAAGUGUUUUUAACCUUUUAUCUACGGCUCGAAUUGCACAUUUUACGAAUAAAUUAAUUGAAUCAAUCCAAUAUCACUAGUGUAAAACUCAGACUUCAGGACACGUUGACAAGACAGUUUUGACAUUUGGCAGAAAUGUUACCAGUUAACAGUACUAUUAUUGCCA